AUGGAAACAUAUAAUGACCAAAAUCUGCAAGGAAAUGGCCAAAACCAACAUGUUGCCUCCCCAAAGACUGAUGUGGCUGUUGACCAAGGCCAUCAUACUGGCCCGCAGCACGGAGCAGAGCUGGUUGAUGCUGCAAGAAUAGAGCUUGCUAAAGCUCCCCAACCUUUACAUCGUCGAAAGCGAAGACCUUCAGGUCUUGUAGGAACCGUUCUGCGUUACGUGUUGAAGGCUAUCCCAUCUAGCCCCGUAACCGCCCCAUCGCAAUCGCAUGAGACACCUGUUGAUGGCGCCGUGUCAAACGCGGUUGAACUUCUCGAGCAGGCAGCACGACAAAACAACUCCGACGCCCUCUACCUUCUUGCCGAGAUCAAUUUCUUCGGCAACUACAGUCAUCCGAGAAACCUCGAAGUGGCGUUCAACAACUACCAUCAACUUGCCAGUGUAUACGGAAAUACGACAGCUCAGUACAUGCUCGGAGUAUACUAUUCUACAGGAGUCGGCAAUGUAGUAGAGCGCGAUCAAGCCAAGGCCCUACUUUACUACACCUUUGCUGCUGUUCGCGGCGAUGCUCGGGCUCAAAUGGCAACGGGUUUCAGACAUCAUGCCGGCAUUGGGACAACCAAGAACUGUGAGACAGCAGUGAAAUACUACAAAGGCGUUGCAGAUAAAGCUAUAACUUGGUAUCGGGCGGGACCUCCUGGCGGUCGAUCCUGGGUUCACCAGUCAUGGCGAAUUUCCGAUAACCACGGAGGCAUUUAUGGAGAAGGUGCAAGUGCAUCCAGCUCUGGUAUGAACGCUUUCAAGCACAGCCCUGGCUCCGAUGCCAAUGCCGCCAUAGACGAUGUGAUCGAAUAUCUGGACUUGAUGUCUCAGAAGGGAGACUCCAAAGCUUCCUACAAUCUGGGUCGCAUAUAUUACGAUGGUCAACGUGGCCUGGAGCGGGACGUCGAACUUGCCAAAAAAUACUUUAUUCUGGUAGCAUCUCGAUAUUGGACUAAGGAUGGACGUAACCGUGAGAGCCACAAACAAGGCGUCGAAAAGAUCGCAGCCAAGGCAGCUGGAUAUCUUGGCCGUAUGCAUCUCAGGGGAGAUGGUGUGCCACAGAACUUCGAAAAAGCAAAACUGUGGUUUGAGCGCGGUGUCAUGUAUCAAGAUGCUCAGUCCCAACAUGGCCUUGGUCUGAUGAUGCUGCACGGCUAUGGAAUGAAGGAGAAUGUGAAGAGAGCAAUGGAUCUCUUCAAGUCUUCUGCUGACCAAGAUUAUGCCCCGGCUCUGGUACAGAUGGGUCAGCUCUAUCUUGACCAGGGUGGCCAGGAAGACGUUAGGAUUGCCAACAACUAUUUCGAACUUGCCGGAAGACACGGCAAUAUCGAGGCACAUUACUACGUUGCAGAGAUGAUCCACCAUGGUGUCGGAAGAGAGAAGGUCUGCGGUGCUUCACUGACCUAUUACAAGAGCGUUGCCGAGAAAGCAGAGCCCCUGGUGUCCUCAUGGGCUGACGCAAACGCUGCAUACGAGGCCGGUGAUUACGAACUUGCAUUCCUUGAGUACCUUUUGGCCGCCGAGCAAGGCUACGAAAAGGCGCAAACCAAUGUGGCAUACAUGUUGGACACGGUCCGAAACAAAAUUUCGCUGUCGGCGCUGCUUGGGAAGCCUCUAGAGAAGAGCAAGCUCCUCCAGAACCCAACUCUGGCUCUUAUUUACUGGACGCGAUCAUCGAGACAAUCAAACGUUGAUGCCUUGGUCAAGAUGGGCGACUAUUACUACCAUGGCAUUGGUGCUGAAGAGGACAUAUCAAAGGCUGUUCAGUGCUACACCGGGGCAUCCGACUACUCCCAGAGCGCACAGGCGUUGUUUAACCUUGCAUGGAUGCAUGAGAAUGGCAUUGGUUUGGUUCAGGAUUUCCAUCUGGCUAAGAGAUACUACGAUCAUGCCUUGGAGGUGAACGAGGAGGCAUACUUGCCAGUGACUCUAAGCCUUCUGAAGCUUCGUGCUAGAAGCGCCUGGAACACACUGACACACGGGCCUAUCCACUCCAUCCAAGACGAGCCCAAGCCAAAGAAAGACAGGUCAUUCUCGGAAUGGAUCGCGAACUUCUUGCAAACCGAGGGUCAGGUCUUUGACGAUGAAUAUUAUGACGGAGGCGACUUAUACGACGGUGCUCUCGGCGAUGGUCAGAACAGCGACGAUGAUGGUGUCGUGGAAAGCAUUCUGAUCAUAGGUAUCACCUUUUCGCUUGUGUUCCUUCUGUGGUGGCGACAGCGGCUUCAGCAGGCCCAUCAACAAGCAGAGGACGCUCGAAGAAGAGAACAGGGGCUUCCUCCUAAUCCUCGAGCGGAAGCACCGGGUGCCGACUUCGGCUGGGGAGCUGCGGGGGGAGUAGUUUUGUAG